AUUCUUCCAUCAAUCUUGACUUGACAGCUGGACUACGUUGCUUAGAAGUGCGUUGUGAGAAAAAUUAAAUUUUUACUAAAUAAACUUGUGAAUUAAUGUGGUUUUUGUGAAGCAAACGAGUGAAUUGAUAUUCUAAAAGUUUUGCAUCACAAAAGCCUCCCUCUGAGAGAUGGCUAUUCCGCCAUAUAUGAUUCCGCCCAAUUCCUGGGCGGCUCAGCUGAUGGCACAACAACAGGCCUUUGCAGCUGGUCUUCAUGCACAGCAGCAGGCUUUCAGUGCACAACAAAUUCCACCACCGGGACAAAUGCCCCCUCAAGCGCCCGCAGGGAUCACUCCGCCGGGAGCGCUACCGCCGAAAAUUGCAGUUCCGCCACCACAGAAGCUGGACGUGAUGACGGAGGAGAAGCUGCAGGAGAAGUCACAGAAAUGGCAGCAAUUGCAGUCGAAGAGAUUUGCCGAGAAGCGAAAAUUUGGCUUUGUGGAUGCACAAAAGGAGGAUAUGCCGCCGGAGCAUAUUCGCAAAAUCAUUCGAGAUCACGGAGAUAUGACAAGUAGGAAGUAUCGGCAUGAUAAGCGUGUCUACCUGGGAGCACUGAAGUACAUGCCGCAUGCUGUGAUGAAGCUCCUGGAGAAUAUGCCAAUGCCAUGGGAACAGAUACGAGAUGUUCCGGUGCUGUAUCACAUCACGGGGGCCAUAACGUUCGUCAAUGAGAUUCCGUGGGUGAUUGAGCCAGUUUACAUUGCUCAAUGGGGAACAAUGUGGAUCAUGAUGAGGCGUGAGAAGCGCGACAGGCGACAUUUCAAACGAAUGCGCUUCCCACCGUUUGACGAUGAAGAACCUCCGCUUGAUUAUGCGGACAAUGUGCUGGAUGUGGAGCCAUUGGAGGCAAUUCAAAUUGAAUUGGAUCAAGAUGAAGAUGGGAGUGUCCACAAUUGGUUCUACGAUCACAAAGCUCUCCUGGGGACGCAGCACGUCAAUGGGUCAACGUACAGAAAGUGGAAUCUAACACUCCCCCAAAUGGCCACACUCUACCGUUUGGCCAAUCAAUUGCUAACGGAUCUCGUGGAUGAGAACUUCUUCUACCUUUUCGACCCAAAGAGCUUCUUUACGGCCAAAGCACUCAAUAUGGCCAUUCCGGGUGGGCCGAAAUUUGAGCCACUUAUCAAGGAUCACAAUGUGGGUGAUGACGAUUGGAAUGAGUUCAAUGACAUCAACAAGAUCAUCAUUCGUCAACCCAUACGGACGGAAUAUCGCAUUGCUUUUCCCUAUUUGUACAACAACAUGCCUCAUUUUGUCCAUCUAUCCUGGUAUCACGCUCCAAAUGUUGUCUUCAUCAAGACAGAGGAUCCAGAUUUGCCAGCAUUCUACUUUGAUCCACUCAUCAAUCCCAUUUCCCAUCGUCAUUCAGUCAAAUUUGUGGAACCCCUUCCGGAUGACGAUGAGGAGUAUUUGCUACCUGAUGAUGUGCAACCCUUCCUCGUGGAUACACCCCUCUAUACGGAUAAUACGGCAAAUGGAAUAUCCCUCCUUUGGGCACCGCGUCCCUUCAAUCUUCGCUCAGGACGCACAAGGCGUGCAAUUGAUAUUCCCCUCGUUAAAGGAUGGUACAAAGAGCACUGCCCGCCGGGGCAUUCGGUUAAAGUUCGCGUGAGCUAUCAGAAACUCCUCAAAUACUACGUACUGAAUGCCCUUAAGCAUCGUCGUCCGAAGCCACAGAAGAAGCGCUACUUGUUUAGAUCGUUCAAAGCGACAAAAUUCUUUCAAACAACAACCCUCGAUUGGGUUGAGGCUGGUCUUCAGGUGUGUCGUCAGGGGUACAAUAUGCUGAAUCUCCUCAUACACCGGAAGAACCUGAAUUACCUGCAUUUGGACUACAAUUUCAACUUGAAACCCGUGAAGACGCUCACGACGAAGGAGCGCAAAAAGAGUCGCUUUGGGAAUGCUUUUCAUCUUUGUCGUGAAAUUUUGCGCCUAACAAAGCUCAUUAUUGAUUCACACGUACAGUACAGGCUGAAUAAUGUUGAUGCCUUCCAACUGGCUGAUGGGCUGCAGUAUAUUUUUGCACAUGUUGGCCAAUUGACGGGCAUGUAUAGGUACAAGUAUAAGUUGAUGCGACAGAUUCGGAUGUGCAAGGAUCUCAAGCAUCUCAUUUACUAUCGCUUCAAUACGGGACCCGUGGGAAAGGGUCCCGGGUGUGGUUUCUGGGCUCCUGGAUGGCGUGUUUGGUUGUUCUUUAUGCGAGGGAUUACGCCACUGCUUGAGCGCUGGCUGGGGAAUUUGCUGUCGCGUCAAUUUGAGGGGAGACACAGCAAGGGGAUCGCCAAGACGGUAACAAAGCAACGUGUUGAGUCACAUUUUGAUCUGGAGCUGCGUGCUUCGGUGAUGCAUGAUAUUGUCGAUAUGAUGCCCGAAGGGAUAAAGCAGAAUAAGGCACGAACAAUUCUGCAGCAUCUGUCCGAGGCAUGGCGAUGCUGGAAGGCAAAUAUCCCGUGGAAAGUCCCCGGAUUGCCAAUUCCAAUUGAAAAUAUGAUUUUGCGCUAUGUCAAGAUGAAGGCAGAUUGGUGGACGAAUACAGCGCACUACAAUCGCGAAAGGAUUCGUCGGGGGGCUACAGUUGAUAAGACUGUGUGUAAGAAGAACUUGGGACGAUUGACGCGGCUUUAUCUCAAGGCAGAGCAAGAAAGGCAGCAUAACUACCUGAAGGAUGGGCCGUAUAUUUCCCCCGAAGAAGCUGUGGCAAUUUACACGACAACAGUUCAUUGGUUGGAGUCACGACGCUUUGCUCCAAUUCCCUUCCCCCCACUUUCCUACAAGCACGACACGAAGCUGCUAAUUUUGGCUCUGGAGCGCCUCAAAGAAGCCUACAGUGUCAAGUCGAGGCUCAAUCAGAGUCAACGUGAGGAAUUGGGUCUCAUUGAGCAGGCCUACGAUAACCCUCAUGAAGCCCUAUCACGCAUUAAGCGUCACCUCCUCACGCAGCGAGCCUUCAAGGAGGUUGGCAUUGAAUUUAUGGACCUGUAUAGUCAUCUGAUUCCCGUCUAUGACGUUGAGCCACUUGAGAAGAUCACUGAUGCGUACUUGGAUCAGUAUUUGUGGUACGAGGCAGACAAGAGACGCCUCUUCCCGCCAUGGGUGAAGCCCAGUGACACCGAACCACCACCACUUCUCGUCUACAAGUGGUGCCAGGGCAUAAACAAUCUCCACGAGGUGUGGGAUGUGACAGAAGGGGAAUGCAACGUUCUGCUAGAGUCGAAAUUUGAGAAACUCUACGAGAAGAUUGAUCUAACGCUCCUCAAUCGACUCCUUCGACUCAUUGUUGAUCACAACAUUGCUGACUACAUGACGGCAAAGAAUAACGUGGUGAUCAACUACAAAGAUAUGAAUCACACAAACAGCUACGGCAUAAUAAGGGGCCUACAGUUUGCAUCAUUCAUCGCUCAGUACUAUGGCCUUGUGCUGGAUUUGCUUGCGCUGGGACUUCAGAGAGCCAGUGAAAUGGCAGGACCACCGCAAAUGCCCAAUGAUUUCCUAACCUUCCAGGACACAAAGAUCGAGACGUGCCAUCCAAUUCGUCUCUACUGUCGAUAUGUCGAUCGUAUUCAUUUGUUCUUCAGAUUUACAGCAGAAGAGGCAAAAGAUCUCAUUCAGCGCUACUUGACGGAACAUCCGGAUCCAAAUAAUGAGAAUAUCGUGGGGUACAAUAAUAAAAAGUGCUGGCCACGCGAUGCCCGGAUGCGUCUCAUGAAGCACGAUGUGAAUUUGGGUAGGGCUGUCUAUUGGGACAUUAAGAAUCGCCUUCCGCGCUCUGUGACGACAAUUAAUUGGGAGAAUACAUUCGUGUCGGUGUAUUCGAAGGAUAAUCCGAAUUUGUUGUUCAACAUGAGUGGGUUUGAGUGUCGCAUUUUGCCGAAAUGCCGAACGCAACAUGAGGAGUUUACGCAUCGCGAUGGUGUGUGGAAUUUGCAGAAUGAAGUGACAAAGGAGCGUACAGCUCAGUGCUUUCUGCGUGUGGAUGAUGAAUCCUUGGGACGUUUCCACAAUCGUGUCCGACAGAUUCUCAUGGCAUCGGGAUCGACGACAUUCACGAAGAUUGUGAAUAAGUGGAAUACAGCUCUUAUUGGGCUCAUGACGUACUUCCGGGAGGCUGUUGUGAAUACGCAGGAAUUGCUGGAUUUGCUGGUGAAGUGUGAGAAUAAGAUUCAGACGCGAAUUAAGAUUGGUUUGAAUUCGAAAAUGCCCUCGAGAUUCCCCCCGGUGGUGUUUUAUACGCCAAAGGAAUUGGGUGGUUUGGGGAUGCUGAGUAUGGGGCAUGUGUUGAUACCGCAAAGUGAUUUGAGGUGGUCAAAGCAAACUGAUGUUGGGAUUACGCAUUUCCGUUCGGGAAUGUCACACGAUGAGGAUCAACUUAUUCCCAAUCUCUAUCGCUACAUUCAACCGUGGGAGAGUGAAUUCAUUGAUUCGCAGCGUGUUUGGGCGGAGUAUGCGCUGAAGAGGCAGGAAGCAAAUGCACAGAAUCGUCGGCUAACCCUUGAGGAUCUCGAGGAUAGCUGGGACAGGGGGAUUCCGAGGAUAAAUACAUUGUUCCAGAAGGAUAGGCAUACGCUAGCGUACGACAAGGGGUGGCGCAUCCGGACGGAAUUUAAACAAUUCCAAGUACUCAAGCAGAAUCCCUUCUGGUGGACACAUCAACGACACGAUGGGAAGUUGUGGAAUCUCAAUAACUACCGUACGGAUAUGAUUCAAGCCUUGGGCGGGGUUGAAGGGAUCCUGGAGCAUACACUGUUCAAGGGAACGUACUUCCCAACGUGGGAGGGUUUGUUCUGGGAGAAAGCUUCGGGUUUUGAGGAAUCGAUGAAGUAUAAAAAAUUGACAAAUGCCCAACGGUCGGGUCUCAAUCAAAUUCCCAAUCGACGAUUCACCCUGUGGUGGUCACCAACAAUUAAUCGUGCCAAUGUGUACGUUGGUUUCCAGGUUCAGCUGGAUUUGACGGGAAUUUUUAUGCAUGGCAAAAUUCCAACGCUCAAAAUAUCCCUCAUUCAAAUUUUCCGUGCGCAUUUGUGGCAGAAAAUUCAUGAAUCCAUUGUCAUGGAUUUGUGUCAGGUGUUUGAUCAAGAACUCGAUGCAUUGGAAAUUGAAACGGUGCAAAAGGAGACAAUUCAUCCGCGUAAGUCCUACAAGAUGAAUUCCUCCUGCGCUGAUAUUCUCCUCUUCCCAGCCUACAAGUGGAACGUCUCUCGGCCAUCCCUGCUGGCGGACACAAAGGACACAAUGGACAAUACAACAACACAAAAGUACUGGAUUGACGUUCAACUCCGCUGGGGAGAUUACGAUUCGCACGACAUUGAACGAUAUGCCCGUGCAAAGUUCCUCGACUACACCACGGACAAUAUGUCCAUCUAUCCAUCACCAACAGGUGUCCUAAUUGCCAUUGAUCUUGCCUACAAUUUGCAUUCUGCCUUCGGGAAUUGGUUCCCAGGAUGUAAGCCAUUGAUUCAGCAAGCAAUGUCGAAGAUUAUGAAAGCCAAUCCAGCUCUGUACGUACUUCGUGAGAGAAUUCGCAAAGCCCUUCAGUUGUACAGUUCCGAACCGACGGAACCCUAUCUCUCCUCGCAAAACUACGGAGAGCUCUUUAGUAAUCAAAUUAUUUGGUUUGUGGACGAUACAAAUGUCUACCGUGUGACAAUUCAUAAAACCUUCGAAGGGAACUUGACGACAAAACCCAUAAAUGGGGCCAUUUUCAUCUUCAAUCCACGCACAGGGCAGCUUUUCCUCAAAAUCAUUCACACAUCCGUGUGGGCGGGACAGAAGCGUCUGGGGCAGUUGGCAAAAUGGAAGACAGCCGAGGAGGUAGCAGCUCUUAUUCGAUCUCUACCAGUUGAGGAGCAACCAAAGCAAAUUAUUGUAACACGAAAGGGAAUGUUGGAUCCACUCGAAGUACAUUUGCUCGACUUUCCCAAUAUCGUGAUAAAAGGUUCAGAACUUCAGCUUCCGUUCCAGGCUUGUCUGAAAGUGGAGAAAUUUGGUGAUUUAAUUCUCAAAGCAACUGAACCCCAAAUGGUACUCUUUAAUCUCUACGAUGAUUGGUUGAAGACAAUUUCCUCCUACACCGCAUUCUCUCGUCUCAUCCUCAUCCUGCGUGCCCUUCAUGUUAACACUGAACGCACAAAGGUAAUCCUGAAGCCUGAUAAGACAACAAUUACGGAAGCUCAUCACAUUUGGCCAACGCUAACGGAUGAGGAGUGGAUUAAGGUGGAGAUUCAGCUGAAGGAUCUCAUCUUGGCGGACUAUGGGAAGAAGAAUAAUGUUAAUGUGGCAUCGUUGACACAAUCGGAGAUUCGUGAUAUUAUUUUGGGAAUGGAGAUUUCAGCUCCGUCGGCACAGAGGCAACAAAUUGCGGAGAUUGAAAAGCAAACAAAGGAACAGAGUCAACUUACGGCAACAACAACACGUACAACCAAUAAGCAUGGGGAUGAAAUUAUCACGUCAACAACAUCCAAUUAUGAGACACAAACAUUCAGCUCAAAGACCGAAUGGCGCGUCAGGGCGAUAUCAGCGACAAAUCUUCACCUUAGAACGAAUCACAUUUACGUGAGCUCAGAUGAUAUUAAGGAGACGGGAUACACGUACAUCUUACCGAAGAAUGUUCUCAAGAAGUUUGUUACAAUUUCGGAUUUGAGGGCACAAAUUGCGGGCUAUUUGUAUGGAGUUUCACCACCGGAUAAUCCUCAAGUGAAGGAGAUUCGGUGUAUUGUCAUGCCACCACAAUGGGGUACGCAUCAGACGAUAAAUUUGCCCAAUCAAUUGCCAUCGCAUCAGUAUUUGCGCGAUAUGGAGCCCCUUGGGUGGAUUCAUACGCAACCAAAUGAAUUGCCGCAGCUUUCACCGCAGGACAUUACAACGCACGCAAAGGUGAUGUCGGAGAAUCCAACGUGGGACGGUGAGAAGACAAUCAUCAUUACGUGCUCCUUCACACCGGGUUCGUGCUCACUCACAGCGUACAAACUCACCCCGUCUGGCUUUGAAUGGGGUGCCAAGAAUACAGAUAAGGGUAACAAUCCCAAAGGUUACCUCCCAAGUCACUACGAACGCGUCCAGAUGUUGCUGUCAAAUAAAUUCUUGGGCUUCUUCAUGGUACCAGCACAGGGAAGUUGGAAUUACAAUUUUAUGGGUGUGCGACACGAUGCAAAUAUGAAGUAUGAGUUGCAAUUGUCAAAUCCAAAGGAGUUCUACCAUGAAAUUCAUCGCCCAUCGCAUUUUCUUCUCUUCUCAAAUCUCGAGGAUGGAACUGAUGGUAUUGGAGCCGAUCGGGAGGAUCUCUUCUCCUAAAAAACAAACAAACAAACGGAACAUCAAGUGAUUUGUAAGGUAGAAUUUUGAAUAUUUUUCAUUUAUUUUUCUUAUUUAAUCUCUUGGGAAUUUUUGUAAGAACGCCAGAAUUUUUUUUGUUUCUUCUGUGUUUUAUGUGAAUUGAGAGAUGAUUAAUGUCCUGGGCAUGAAUUCUCUAAGAGCGAAAAACUCCCAUGAUAAACUCCUGAAGGCUUUAGCACUCUAAAAAAAACGUGAAAACAGAGAAAAUCUUACGGGAUUAUGCUCACGUGAAGUUUUCCUCACUAUUUCCCUGCAAAAAGCCUUCGGGAGUUUAUCACGAGAGUUUUUUCACUCUUAGAGAAUAUAGCCCCUAGGAGUUUUUAAAGCUAAAAAGAAAAUGUAUUGAGAGACAAUUUUAGAUGAUUUAAAUUGAAUCUUUUAUGAAGGGAUGUUCCUACGUUGUACGAAGUUCUUAUUCGGAUUUUUUUUUUGCAUUUUUGCAAAAUGUAGAAGUAGUUCUACAGUAUAUUUGAGGCGCAUGAUUAAACGAAUGCAAAGUUUGAGCCUUCUAUUUACUCCUGCGCGUGUAAUUAUAAUGUAUUCUAGCCUACUCUAGGCUAGACUGUAUAAACGUAUGUUCAGUCAUGAACAUUUUAUUUGUGUGAAAAAUAGCUGUGUGAGUUUUGAUCACUCGGCAGAAAAUGUCAACAGCAAGCAAGCUUGCAGUUUUGACAGACAGGUCAAUGUGUGCAUGAGUAUGCUUGAAUGUAUUGCUGGCUUGUCUGCUAUUAAAUGUGGACACUUUGAUGUAAUGUGUCCCUAGAACGAAGCCUCGAUUGUUCUUUGCAAGAGUUGCAGACUCUUCAACUGCAAUUCCAGGCUGUUUGCCUUCUUCUGUUAUGUCCACAGUAAAGACCCAGACUUUAUCAUUGCCGGUAGGCUUGACUUGUCUGGCUGCUGGUCCAACUUCAAAGAUCAUUUUUGAGCAAAACUCAAGGCAUAUAUAGCUGGUAGUAGCAUCAAAUGCCUCAUUGACAAAGUCCGGCAUGUGGGUGGCAAAUAGAGCUCUGAUCUCUUCAUAACUCACUGCAUCACCGCUGUGCAACUUGUCGAAGUCAGCUUUAGUGUAGCCUUUCAGCUUGUGCAAUGCACAUAUCUUCUUUACAAUCUCCAGCCCACUUACAGCUCAUGACUUAACCAACUGAGACCUCAUACCUUGAUGUAUGGUAGAGUGGCUGAUAUCUGCCAAUCUUUUCUGAUCUUUUCAAUUUGAUUUCAAUCGUCUUGCCUGUGCUGAGUUUGAAGCAGACAACCAUGCCGGUCAUUAGGUUGAAUGCAGUGGUGCUGUCAGGUCUGCACCUGCCAUUUCCACAGACCAAUGAAUCUGCAUGUAUAUAUGAUGUUUCGUCACAUGCUACAGCAGCUGGUAUCAGGCAUAUAGAGAUCAUCACCAGCAGAAUGCAAGACAUUACCACCUUCCAAUUUUGCAUCUACAAUUUUAGAUGAUUUAAAUUGAAUCUUUUAUGAAGGGAUGUUCCUACGUUGUACGAAGUUCUUAUUCGGAUUUUUUUUUGCAUUUUUGCAAAAUGUAGAAGUAGUUCUACAGUAUAUUUUAGGCGCAGGAUUGAAGGAAUGCAAAAAAUCAGCCUUCUAUUUACUCCUGCGCGUGUAAUUAUAAUGUAUUCUAGCCUACUCUAGGCUAGACUGUAUAAACGUAUGUUCAGUCAUGAACAUUUUAUUUGUGUGAAAAAUAGCAUUGAUUAUUCAUACACUAUUUCUUCAUUUCCUUUUUUUUAUUUACAACAAUUUGAUAUUGUUGGAAAUCGGACCAAAAAGUGUUAUAUUAUCUGACUGAUUGGGCAUUGGGCGCAUGAUGUCAAAGGGAUCACCCCGAUACGCAGAUUAUCAGUGCAAAAGAACUUGCCGCAAAAGUACGGGACAGUCAUUCCUUCGAUAGCUUUGGUCUCAAAAUUAAAAUGUCAGUGCAACAGGUAUUUCAUUGGCGCCAAAUAAUAACACGGGAUUCGUUUCUCAAUAGGUGUAUUUCCUUCUGUAUAUCGGGUACAACUAGUUCUGUUACAUCAAAAUCCCGCUUAUAUUUAGGUUCGAAUGCCGACUUCAGGGAAGAUAUUUUUGUUUAUCCACUGAACACGUUCUUCUCGUCUCGUGUAACUAAAUGUGUUGUCAGGAUCAUUCAUUGUGAAUGGAGUGUUUAAAUUCAGUGGCACAGUCCUGACUAUGUUGCCAAUUUUGAACUCAACAAAAAGGGACCAUAGAGUCUCUGUUCUGAUGAACACAGUCUCUAUAGGCCCUACUUGGUUCACCCACCAGGUGUAGAACAUGCAUGAUGCCCUGUGGAAGCAGUACGUAUCACAAGUGAACAUUGAUGUCAGGCAGUGGUACUGCUGGAUCUGAGAUUUGUUCCUGUACCUGUCUAGCUCUGAUAAAUUGGUGUGGGGUUUGCACAUGUUGGGAGUGUGUUGUACACGUCUGUGAAUGACACAAGAGGCAUCUUGGUUUAUCGGGGCAAUUUUAAUAUUGCAGCCUAUUUUGGCUAAUAUUGUGGAUUUUAUUAAUUUUUAUUGCUGACUUACCCCGAAGUAUUAUAAAAGGAUUUAUUGUGUUUAAAUUCUCUUCUCGUAGAUCCUAUACAGCAGUUGAUCCAAUCCAGUUGUCUAAACUGCUGAAAUUGCUUUUCAUUAUGUUUACUGUGGUAUCAGUAAAUAAAUUCAAUUUACGUCUCUUCCAUAUUCGUAUAUGGGAUUUGUUUCUGUCAUCUCUUGCUCGGGUGGAGCCAAGAGAGGCUUGAGACUGUAAAACGUCGCUGGUGACAAGGUUGAUAAAUCGUCAGGUUUGCUUGACAAUGGAGAAAUUGGUUUUGAAUUUAAUGCCGCUUCCACUCUUGUGAGUCCAUUAGCAGUUAAUAUUGCUUUUUCGAAAAAUGUAUCAAAAUUUUGUUUAAGUUCUCGAAUUUUGUCUGUCUGAUUUUUGUCGAAUUUUGUGUUCCUGACCUAAGAGGCUUAGGCUUAAUCUCCAUACCUGAGAAAAGAGCAUUCACGCUCUGUUGAACAAUCCCCGACCCUAACUUGGCCUUCAGGGUCAUGUGACCUAUGUAUAUCCUUCGCCCUGAAUCGUCCAUUUUCCAACGAUCCAUGAUGACUUCCUCACGGGCACGCCCAAAGUCUGAAUCGACAAUGAGAGGCACUCCAUUAAUCUGAGCUAUCUCCAACCUUAUGUUGGAGUCGGCAAGAGCCAGGAUUUCUCCUGUGCCGUAAACUGUUAUAAUCCUGUCAUACCAAAUGGAUGACAUCUCGCUAAUCUGGCGCCAUUGUGUGAACAGCACAUUCUCCGGAGCAGGUACUCCAUUGUCUAGUAAAUGCCCAGCAGUUUUGACAACAAGCAAGGCAUCGAAGCUUUCGACACUAUAAAUAGUGACCUUCUUCCACUUGGUCUUUUGAGACCUCUUCUUGUGUUCGGACUUCUUUCCUGGUUCCGACAUUGCGCGCAGGAUGUGAACUACUCCGUACUACGCUACUUUGAAUCUUUUUAAAUUUCACUUAGGUUUUUUUCUUUUUUUUUAUUUUAGUUCCGUUGUUGUUUUUUUUUCUUUGUGUUAAGGGUUGACAUUUGCAAAAUUUUCUUUCACUUUUCUGUCCCCUACACGUCCACUGGGACCGAUGUUACUCUUCUUAAUGUUUCUAGGCGGAGCUCCUGUCUCGCCUUUUGUCUGUCUUUCCUAGCUCUAUUAUAUAUGUAUAUAGAACACUACUAGAAUGAUUAACACUAAUCCUAUGGUGUUAAAGUUUUGCUGAUUUAUUAUUUCAUUUUUGACAUUAGUGUUCCCCAUUUUAGAGGCAAAAACACUAUGCAUAUGACAAUGUAAAUUAUUAAUUUUUUUUUAUUUAUUAUAUUUUUUUACACUUUUAUUAUUUAAAUACUAUUUUUAAAUAGUAUUACUAGAUCUAAAUACACCGCUUAGGAGAAAGUCGGUGUAUGAAAUUUUGGGUACGGGCGGAGUCAAAUGAGAAGGCCAAUAGCCGUGAAGCGACUUUGGCAAUUCGUUUUCUACAAGAAAACGGUUGAUAAGAAAACCAGCCCGAGCUGGGCACCAGUAUACAUACAAGUAUCUAGAAAAUGUAUUGAGAGACAAUUUUAGAUGAUUUAAAUGGAAUCUUAUGAAGGGAUGAUCCUACGUUGUACGAAGUUCUUAUUCGGAUUUUUUUUUUGCAUUUUUGCAAAACGUAGAAGUAGUUCUACAGUAUAUUUUACGCGCAGGAUUAAAGGAAUGCAAAAAAUUCAGCCUUCUAUUUACUCCUGCGCGUGUAAUUAUAAUGUAUUCUAGCCUACUCUAGGCUAGACUGUAUAAAUGUAUGUUCAGUCUUGAACAUUUUAUUUGUGUGAAAAAUAGCAUUGAUUAUUCAUACACUAUUUCUUUAUUUCCUUUUUUUUUAUUUACAACAAUUUGAUAUUGUUGGAAAUCGGACCAAAAAGUGUUAUAUUAUCUGACUGAUGUGACUAAGGGGAAGUAUCUUCUUUUAGUCGUUCGUAGUUAUACGCUCCCAAUGGACUCUAAAUUGCAUAAUAAUGCCCUAGGUGACCCGCUCAUACAAGAUCAAAGGGUUGAGAAGAACUACCUGAUGUUAAAUUUUGAAUUGCGAUUAUUGCUUUGCGAUAUGUUUGACUGGCCCACUGUAUUGAUAUUUUGUUGAUUUACUAUCUCCGUUUUCACGUUAGUGUUCCCCAUUUUUUGAGAUAUUAAAAAUACUUUUUUUUUUGUUUUUCACUUUAACUAUCUCACUCUUUUAACACUUUAACCACGAUCGCAGGCAGGAUCGCCAUGCGAUAUGUUUGACUGAGGAGGUUAAUUAAAAGAGAUGGUUCACUCUCAACGAUCGAUUUUAUUCUGAUCAUUUCUUUCAUUUACAAUAAUUAGCGAUGCGCCAACAUUCUUCCAGCCUGAGCUGACGCAUCGGUUUUCCUUUACUUUCCACUACACCACAGCUUCAUUAAUCGUGAGAUCAGGGAAGACGACAUUUAGCAAUGCCGCCUUAAAUUCAUAAUACGUAUCAUAGGUCGUUCCUUGCACCCUCGCGAAUACCUCGGGGCUUAUCUUUAGGGCGAGAUAACUAAUAAAUUCGACAUCUCUCCGCCCCUCAAUAAAAUAUUUAUUGUAAGCAAUGUCAGCUAAGGAGAAAAAUAAGCUAACAAUUUUUGAUUCACCUUUUAAAGUCGGAAUAUUCCGAAAAAACUCUUUAAAAUCUAAUUAUUACAGUUUGUUACAGAUAGUUUGCACUGAUACACGUGGAUUGAGAAGACCUCAGCUAGUUGAAGUAGCUGUAUGACUCGCUUGGUUGGCUUAAUAUCCUGCUUGUUUGUCAGUAUAGACAUUGUGCUAAUAUUCGAAGAAGGAAGGAAUAUUAGAAGUUUACUCCAAUAGUGUUUAUUGUUCUGAAUUCAGGAUACCUAUAACUAAAUUUUCUUACAUAAAAAUCUUACUUAUAUUAGAUUCAAAUGCUGAAAUCUUUUUUUUUUAUUUACAACAAUUUGAUAUUGUUGGAAAUCGGACCAAAAAGUGUUAUAUUAUCUGACUCCAUUCAGUAGCUCAACACAAUAGUGUUGGAAGGCACAGUAUGGCAACGAUCUCCUAAUGCGGACGUCAGUGUCCGUCAUUACGUCGUAGAGAGCGUGCAUCAGGAGCAAAUAUCCUGAAAAGUCAAAAUUAUGACUUUGUGCCUCAACCACGACCCUACUUCCAGUCAGACGACCCUCAAACAAUGAGGAUGGAUCAAUGGCCGUAGCCACUGAAGCUGGUGAGGGGGUGGGCCUCUGCGCUGUGACUCGUGUGUACUGUUCUUAAAACUGUCCUUUUUCAAAUCCGCUGUUAUCGCCUUGGUGAUAGUGUGUUCCACGCCUUUUUGCCGAUUAUCACCAAUAAAAUGAGAACAGCGAUAAUUAUCAUGGUCUCCGUGACUAACCCAGCAUCCCCGAAGAAAGCAUGAAUUGCGUUCUCGAUCACUACACAUGAAAUAUUUCUAAAAUUUUAAUAUUACAUAAUGGCGUUGCCAUGCAUUCAACUCGUUGAGUUGAGAAUUUACCUCACUGUUGAGGCUUUAAGAUUAUACCUCAGUGUUUAUUGAGGACUUAUAUUAUAAUCCCUAAUUUUUUGAGGGAUUUUACCACUAGUUUUAGUGGAAUUUAGAAGCAAACGAGAGUUCUAUAUAGUAUUAGGGGCUUCUCUUUAUUAAAUUUUAACUUUUAGUUGGAAAUCGGACCAAAAAGUGUUAUAUUAUCUUGAUAUUUUGAUGAUUUUUGACAGAAUCCUAUUCAAGGGUGGAAAUUUCAAUGGAUGGAAAUUCAUUAUGUUUACGCCAUUGCGUAAAUAGAAUAUUAUCCGGGGCCGAAGUCCCAUUCUCAAGCAGAUGGCCUGCAGUCUUGAUGACUAGCAGAGCAUCAAAACUUUCAAUACUGUAUACAGUAACUUUCUUCCAUUUAUUUUUCUGAGAUCUCUUUUUGUGAUCAUCUUUCUUUCCGAGUUCGGCCAUCAUACACAGUAAGUGAAUCACUCCGCACUACGCUACUUUGAAUCUUUUAAAACGCCCAUUGGUAUCAAGAACCUCGUUUGCUUCGUCUAUGAUUUUAUUUCGAAUCACCCUCAACCAUAGCUGUUAUAACUCACCUUUUUUGGGAAACGAAAUUUUGUCAAGGAUCACAAAAGAAUGGAUUAAUCCUAUCUUCUGUGAUAUUCUUGAGCAAACCUCAUUUUGGGGUGCAACAGUUAUUUUUGCACUAUAAAAGAAUGAAUCAGGAUGAUUCUAUCUUCUAUGAGUCCUGUACAAACUUUGGUCUUCAAAUAUGAUUUUUGAUGAAAACACUUACUUUGUUUGGUGUUCUCCACAAAACUAAAAACUAUUCGAGACUAAAUCUCCUUUUAUACCCUAGCUUAUCUCUAGAGGGAUACAUGGUUUUUAAUAGCGUAGGGGAUUUUUAAUGGCUUCUUUUUUAUUAUAGUUUUGACUUUUAGUUGGAAAUCGAACCAAAAAGUGCUACAUUAUCUGACUAAUCUAGCAUUAGGAAUUUUAUAUUUCAUGAUAUCUUUCCAAAUAUUAAAUAAUAUGGUCGUUUCUACAUAUUCAACUCGUUGAGUUGAGAAUUUAUCUUUUCCGGGUCACCGGACCGUUGUUGAUAAACCACCCACACCUUGUAGGCAUUGGCCCUGUCCACUGAUUAAAGACAAAUUUUGGGUCCAUUACAGCAAUCAAUCUGCGUCGCAUUUCACUGAAGAUUGGUUCCGUAAUUGCCAUGAUAUCAGCUGUUUGGUACGCGAUGGUCUGUACCGCUGGGUAUUUUCCCACGUCGCCGCGGGAAACUAAUGUCCGUAGGGGUCACCUUGGUUCCAUCUAGGAACCGAUCCCAAGUUCGUGUACAUUGUGUAAACCAUAACAGAUCAUAAAACCCAGCAAGCUCCUUAUGCAAAAUUAAAGGGGAAUAAGAGGAGAUUAAGACUUUGUCUUCACAAUCUGGUAGUUCGGGAUGUCCAUUUAAAAUCCGUAAAGAUGAUAGAAUUUCAACCCAGAACCCAUUGUAAAAUCUAAUUCCCAAUAUCCCACAGAAUGAUAUCUUGCAGGAAUUUUUAAAAGUCAAAAAUCCCACAUGUUUAGAAUAAAAUUUCAGUUCUUGGAUAGGGGGAUAAUCAAUAUCCAAAUAAUGUGAUACAUUAGACAUUCCUGCCUUGAUAGUUUGGAAAGCACAGUCUUUUUGUUCCUCACUCUCAGAAAUACAAAUGACAGAGGGGUUGACUGUGAUGCAGGGGGCAGCUCGACACUUUUGGUUUUUGAAGGAAGGAUCUAUCCAUAAGUUGAGAUAAGGAUCAUAUUUUAUAUUAUGCUCAAUCAGGAUAAUACGGUUUUUGUUUAAUACGGUCUUGCUGUUCCAGGAACACUCAAAUGGACGGUAUGUUUUUUCCAUGUAUGUCCCCAGCCUUUUCCCUUCUAUCUCUUUUAGACAAAUACUCAUGUCAGGCAACAAUUCCGUUGCUUGGUGAGUCAUGUCCUUUCCUCCAUACCACUUGUAAUCACAAGUAGAUUGAAGUUCUACACUAUGGCAGAACCAUCCCUUGACUACAUGAGGAAUUUAAUCAGUCGCGACUCUUGUCUCGAACAUUCUACCACUAGUUCUAGUGGAAUUAAUCACCAGCCGAAAGUUCUAUAUCAAUAUAAUGGCUUUUUUUGUUAAAUUUUGACUUCGAGUUGGAAAUCGGACCAAAAAGUGUUAUAUUAUCUGACUGGUAAAAAAGAAAUUUAGUGCAAUUUGCGAUUUAAUGAUUCACAGCAGUUGCUUCUUUAUUGCAAUAUUUUUGUGUAUGUCCAUAUGCUAGAUUGAGGGAUAAUUUUGUUGCGGAAUCCCCCCUUGAUAAUAGCGACCUUCUGUAACCCCAGAAUCGCAUCCUCUAGCUGUAUUUAAGGACAUGAGGAUGCCUGUUUUAAACUCCGCGUAUGAAUGAAAUGUUUGUCCCUUUGGGCUUUAGUGUUAGGGCUUCGAAAGUCACGAUCAUCUGGAGGAAUGUCGUGUAUUUUGCUGACGAGAAGUAAUCUAUCAACUCAGCUGGUGGAAGAUCCAAUUUCCUUGAUGCCUUGAACCACCACAGGAAGGCGGCAAGGCCUUUACCUGCCAGGGACAGGAUACAUGCGGAUUUGAAUAUUCCGGAUAUCUCUAUUUGGCUGAACCGGUACCCCUGGAUCAUAAGUAUCAGAGUACCGGUUUGUAUUUUGGGUUACCUUUCUUGAAGACAUUGAGCAGUGUCUUCAGAGCAGGAGUUGAGGGUGGCACAACAGCUUGGAUUGGAAUCUGGAUGGUUAAUCCAUUAGGUGAUACAUAUGUUCUUAAAUAAUUCCCUAAAUGUUUGUGUGAAUUUUCGAGUGAUCCCAGUGUCUCAUGAUGAACCACUUCAUAUGGAGACUAUCAAAAGUUUCUUUUAUCCCACACUUCGCGUAUAAUUCCGUUUCAAGAUUAUUAAUGUCCGUAAUACGCGAAAGGUCUCUUAGACGCGUUUUUGCUUUCCCUUGAAUCCUAUUCAAAAUAACGAAUUUAAUUAGUUGAGCGGGCAUACACGUUAUUGCUGAUAUACUCCGAAACUUGGGAUGGUGACUUUAUCACCAGUCGAGUACAGACCAUCGCCAGGUACCCCACAUAAAAGAUGGCUUCCUUGUGUUUUGAACUGGUCUCAUUAGAAAUCAGACCUUUUAGAGUAGUGUACCACUUUUCUGCAUGGACUGCGGUGAUGGAUACUUCUAUACCAUCGAUCCGAGCGGUAGUUACUGCGGCUUGAAGUUCCGCAGCUGUUGAUGACGUGUAGAACGUCCAGUUGGUAAGGACCGGAUCUGGAACCGCAUUCAUGGGAACCACUUCUGUCGCCUGGGCUGAGGAAUUAAACAGACUCUGAUGGAACAGAGACUCACCAAGGUAUUCCAUGCCGGCCAUGAGUCCAAAGUAGGUGCUGAUUAUAUCUGGUGGACUCAUUUGCGCCUCGGCGUAAAACUUCAAGAAGUUGAGAGCAUGGGCCCUUAGACUUGCUGGAGCUUGUUUAACAAGGGGGGGACAGUACUCACUGACUUCUUCGUUGAACAUCUCAUCGUUCCAGACAGUGGCGUUCUGGUGACUGCGGCGUUUUUUCCACUUUUACAAAAAAUGUCUUCUUCACUUAUUUCCACUGCGGAUUCUUCACUGUUAUCCACUUGUACUCGUGCUUCACUGUUAUCCGCUACUUUUUCACUAGUUUCACUAGUUUUCCUUUCACUUCUAUUAUCAUUUUUUGUUUUAUUUUCAACUUUCACCGUUCUUCCUCGAAGAUAUAGUGACGUACGGUCACUUGACAUCAAAAGAAGAAAUAGAAAUAAAAAAGGAAGAGAAAAAGAAAAAAAAAUAACAGUUUAAACCGCGAAUUACGCGGGGUACAUUUUCAUCAAGAUAAUGGGAUAUGUUGAACAUUCCUGCUUUAAUAAGAUGGAAAACACAAUCUUUUCUCUCCUCACUAUCUGGAAUCCAAACCACAGAUGGAUUCACGGUGAUACAGGGAGAUGAUCGACAUUUUUGAUUUUUGAAAGAAGGGUCAAUCCACAAAUUGAGGUAGGGAUCAUAUUUAACAUUAUGCUCAAUGAGAAUUACGCGAUUCUUGUUCAAGAUUGUUUUGCUGUUCCAAUGACAUUCAAAUUAAGGAUAAGUUUUGUCCAUAUAGAUCCCGACUUUUUUCUUUUUUAUUUCGUGGAGACAAUCACUCAUGUCAGGUAACAAUUCUGUUGCUUGGUGAGUCAUCUCUCUUUCCCCGUACCAUUUGUAGUCACAACAAGAUUGUAGUUCUAAACUAUGGCAGAACCAUCCCUUGACUACAUGUGGAACUUUAUCUGUGGCUACUCGAGUUUCAAACAAAUUUGUAAUCCAUUUCAUCUCAGAUUUGCUAUGUGGAUACUGUGUGCAUUGAUGGUGUCUAUUACUGACCGGGGUCCAAGGCUUAUUAUUCUCCAAUGGGAAUAAUCCUUCAUGAUAUUCACCUUUCAAAGAUCUCCAUAAGAUUAUGGGGAAAAUUAGAGAAGGAAGAAGCAUUAAAUUAUUUAUUGACUCAGUAUUUUUGGGGAAUUGGGGGCAUAACGCGAAUUCGCCACAUGCAUGCAUUUUCGCAAUUUUGAUUCUUUUAUUUAUAAAUCUCCUGAAGUCAAUGGAAAUAUUGUUGUCGCUAAAUGUGGCAUCUUUUUUUUUUUUGAAUAUCUGUUAGAUAUUGUAAAAAGGUUUUUGGGCUUUUAAAUGGAAGAUUGAAUCUUUUCUUCUAAAAUAGAUUAUAAUUUGUAAUCAAAUUGUUUCUGCUGGGUGGCUGUAUGUAUAGUUCUUAUGGGCCACCCAGUUACACAUAUUACGGGCCCUGCUGCCCAGCUAACACAUAAUAACCAGCGCUUAGAUGAUGCUUACCAGAGAUGUAUUGAAUUUCUCCUUAAUCGUCAGCUACUCGUUUCUCCCCAAAGGGGCAAUAAAACUCAUCGUGCCUCUUCAUGCGGGGGUUUUCCUGAAUCAUCCGGAUUCCUUCGUCAAUUGCUCCUUCUUUAAGUUUUGCGAGAUUAAAAACUCCCCUAGCUGCCAUAAAGAGGUUCGGAUUUCCGCCACCACUGGCAAGCAAACAGCCAAGCGUUCUGCUAACAACGUAGGACCAAUCAUCGUUGAAGCGUUGUGGAAAGAUGAGUGAUGCAAAAAGAUCCUCAUCCGUUUUGGCUGGAUCUCCCAAGUUGUUAUAAUAACCCAGGAAAUGUAUAUUACCAAUCAGGUUCGUGUAGUAUGACUUCUGUCUGUUGAUCUCCAUUCCAAAGAAAUCCUUGGCAAUACUGCAAUAGUCAUCCAUAUUUAUGAUAGCAGUUGAAGGGAAAGCGAAUAUUGCAUCAUCACCAAAAUACACGUCAAACGUUGGGUUGCGGAGUUGUGACACUUUACACAUUGUUCUUGUUAUGAGGAAGUUUAUCAUAGUGUCAAUUAUGUUGGUGAACAUACUACCUGAUGGCACUCCAUGGUCUUUCCUAAAUCUACGUCCGUCGGUGUUCCUGAUCGUCGUAUUGAUGAAAUAGGAUUCCAGUUUCUUAAGUCUGCGAAGACCACGUUUUGGAUUACACUCGUGGACGUUACCCUCUUCGUCGACUUCCUUUCCAAAAUCUAUUUUCUUCCUCAAGAUCUUGAAACAGUCAUGAAUAAUCCACGCAGGAACUUUAGUUAUUUAGAGACAAAGGUAUUGCAAUUUUUAUUGCACAAGAUAUAAUUAGGUAUUGCAAUUUUAUUGCACUAAAGAUAAAAAAAGGAAAACUUAACAUGUUCUUCGAACAAAUUCUAUAUUUCAUGAUAUCUUUCCAAAUAUUAAAUAAUAUGGUCGUUUCUACAUAUUCAACUCGUUGAGUUGAGAAUUUACCUUUUCGGCGUCACCGGACCGUUGUUGAUAAACCACCCACACCAUGAAGGCAUUGGCCCUGUCCACGAAUUAAAGACAAACCUUGGGUCCAUUACAGCAAUCAAUCUGCGUCGCAUUUCACUAAAGAUUGCUUCAGUAAUUGCCAUUAUGUCAGCUGUCUGAUAGGCUAUUGUUUGUACCGCUGGGUAUUUUCCCACGUCGCCGCGGGAAACUAAUGGCUUUAGAGCAGGCUUUAUCAUAUAUUCGUAAAUCUGCCACGCACGGUGUUCGGCAAGAGAUUUCAAGAGUAUACCUCAGUGUUUAUUGAGGGAUUCUACCACUAGUUCUAGUGGAAUUAAACUCCAGCCGAAAGUUCUAUAUCAAUUUAAGGGCUUCUUUUGUUAAAUUUUGACUUCGAGUUGGAAAUCGGACCAAAAAGUGUUAUAUUAUCUGCGGUGUUCCGUCUUCCAGGGCGAGGUCUUCCUCUACCUCGUGGAGGGAGGGCAUUCUCCCGCGGAGGGAGAGGGGGCAAAGCCUCUAAGAUGGAUCGGCCGCGGUGUUCCGCUUCAACCAUGUCACUCCAUCUUCCAGAACGGUCUGCUUGCUGAUUGUUAAAUUCAGCCAUUCUGCGGGCAUUGCGCUGCUGUCUAUAGUCGCGUUGCAUCUUAUAUAUAGUCGAGUAUUCUCAAAACUAGUAGUAGUUUUAAUUACCACAGAAUCUUUUCUUCUAAAAUAGAUUAUAAUUUGUAAUCAAAUUGUUUCUGCUGGGUGGCUGUAUGUAUAGUUCUUAUGGGCCACCCAGCACUCGGAGAAUUACAUAAUACGGGCCCUGCUGCCCAGCUAACACAUAAUAACUUUGACUUUUCUGUCUAUUUAUUAAUAACAUAAUAACGUUCUAGUUUGGUAAACAGCAACAGAACUUGUUAACAUGUUCUUCUUGCGCCUUUGUUCAUUAAAUCGAGCAACAGAGUGUUUAAGCAGUUUGUUAACAAAAAAGUUUUUGCAGUCCAUUUUCGUAAAUGUGUUAUCUGCAUAACUGAUGACCGUAAAAAACAAGUUAAACGUAUUUUUUAAUUUAGAGAAAUUGUACUUGUUACCUCUGCCAGUCCAAGAAAAUUUAGUUAGGAGUUUUCUCUUAAAUAGUUUGUCUGCAACUUCAUACGCAAUCUUUGUGAACUUGAUUCCUCUGUUUUUACCACUACCUGCUAUUUUAAGUAACUCCUUCUUAUGAUUUUUGAAUUUAACUUCAAAAUCACCAUCAGCGAUUUUAUUCAAUAAUAAGCCAUAUAGGCUUUCAUAUGUUUUCACUCCACUCACAAAAAAAAUAGGUGGCGGAAUUUUUUCUUUCCGAGUUUUCUCUUAUUCUUGCUUUAUCAGAAAAGCUUAAUUCGAAUUCGUCGUACAAUUCGGCAUAAAAAAGUCUAUUAUUAUAAUUGUCAGUGGCUUACUCUAGGGGCUCAUUCCCAACAGGUUCUUCCGCUACAUUAGCCUGGCGGGUAAUGCGUGUUUCUUUGACCUUUUGUUGAAGUUCUUUGAAGCGUCCGAGUGGAUUUGCUGUGUGCACCAGAGCUUCAUCGACUAAGAACUUCAGGGCCACAGCAUAGGUGCAGGCGUCUAUCUUGUAUUUGACGAUUUCCCUUAGGGAUGGUGCGUCAAAUUGCUACCGGGAAAGGUAUCCGCGGUAUGGUAAAAUUCGCCCAGGCUUCAUCCCUGAGCAGACGGGAGAACAUCCAGGUGUCUGUGGACUUAGGCUUUGCAGUGAGAGCCUCAAAAGUUUAAAUCAUUUGCAGGAAAGUUGUAUACUUCGCAGAUGAGAAAUAAUCAAUUAGCUCAAAAGGGGGCACAUCGAGUUUCCUAGAGGCCUUGAACCACCAAACGAACGCUGCCAGUCCGGUGCCGGCCAGCGAUAGGAUGCAGGCCGACUUAAAGAUUCCUGUAAUCUCCAUUUGACUAAAUCUGUAGCGCUGUAUCAUAAGGAUAAGAACAGGCUUGUACUUUGGUGUACAGAGUUGUAGGUAGAACCAUUUGUACAGAGUUGUAACCUGUUAGAAAAUCAUAGAGAGGAAAUCCAGUAUCUCAGUAGCGCAAGGCGCCGCAGAUAGCAACUGGUGAUGGCAGGGUAGCUCGGGCGCUUUCUGGCGUGAGUUCUUGCGAAAUGUUCUUCACAGGGGUGUUCAUUAGCUUGUUCUUCCGGUGUUUCAUCCAUUUCCCAGAAUUCUGUUAAUUUCUCAUCAAGUUCAGCCAUAGUGAUUAGGCUUGUCACUUUGUGCUCUUGUGGUUAGCUGGGGUGCGCUCCUGACAUUAACCAUCCAAAUUGUGUGUUUUGAGCAGUAAUAUUAUUUGAUUUUUUGAUCCCUGCUUUUAGGAUAUUUGCGUAAACCUCAGAACCCAGAAUCAGAUCUAUCGGUCCUGGGGAUAAAAAUGUAGGAUCAGCCACUAACAUUUGGAUUUCCUUUUUUGAAUACAUUGAGCAUGGUUUUUAGUGCGGUAAUGGAAGGAGGAACCACCACUUUCGUGACCUUUAAUAAAUUUAAUAGAAUUGAACAACGAUGUAUCCUGUUGUUGGGAAUCAUAGAGAGGAAAUUACAAUUAUCCAAUGGCGCAAGGCGCCGCAAAUGAUAAUUGUUGUUGGUAGGGUAACUCGGGCGCUUUCUGGCCGCCCAAGAUUACACCUACUUGCAAAAAAAGUCAAUAAUUCUAUUUACCUGCGGAGUUGUCCGCAGCUGUAUAGUUCAGAUUUAUUUCUGAUUAUUUAUUGGUAGCUCAUCGACUUUUAUACAAUUUUUAAAUGCGCUUACUAAGCUAAUUUUGGAAGUGGCUUACGCCGGGAAAUUUUGGAGUGGGUGUGGAAAUUGGGAAAAGUGGGGAAUUGUCGGGAAAUUUUGAUAUAUUUUUUUUUAUUUCUUUUUCUGUUUAUGUUUAAACAAAAAUAAAAUAAAAUAAAAUAAAUAAUCAAAUAAUGACCUUUCGUAAAGCCUGGAUGCAAAAGGUUAAUCAUUCUCAAUUCACAUAGAAAACACAGAAGAAUCGCAAAAAGCAGUGCGUUUUUAUGUUAUAGUUUCAUUUUGAAGGAAGUCUUUCAAAAUUAUAAACAAAAUUAUAAUUUAAUGUAUAAAGUUAAGGAUAGAAAUGAAAUAAAUUGUGAUUUUAAUAAAA